ACGACCCCACGGAGAGAAACGAGAGGCAAAGAGCAGCCGAAGCGAUCGCGCCAGCGGCUUCGACAAGCCACACGAUUCCCUCCGAGAUAUCUCCUUUCUUUUCUCCCCCAUUCGACCAUCAUCGCCGUCGCCAUCGUCAUCCGUUCCGCAUAACGCGCGAGUCGACGCUAGUUUCACCUUAUUUUCACCAGCUCUUCCGAGUCUCGGCUCUUGCACGACUCUGCGGCCAUUCACGGCUCAAUUCCAAAGGAACCCAACUGAAGGAGCUGGUGCGAGUCCCCCCCGCACAGACCUUUCAUCAAAAAGACGAAGAUGAAAGCUUGGUGAUUUCUCUAGUGGGGUGACUGGUGGUGGACAUGUCGACGUUGCCCGUCUGCUCGGCUACUCCUAGCUGUUCUCUGCACAGCCAGAACUUGCAGAAUUCGCUAAAUGGAGGACUGCAAUCUUUGAACUUGUUCCAUAAGGACUUCAACCACGGAUGCUUUUUGAGGGACAAGGUUUUUCCAGCUUCACUAGACGGAAAGAGCCUUCAAAGACAUGCCUGUAGAACGCAGGCUACUCAGCUAUCCUAUGUUGACAUUGACAACGGCGUUGGAAAAUCAGUCUGGAGUUCUUCCAUAGCAACUACCAGGGAGCCAUACGAGGGGGAGAGUUGGCAUCUGAGAUUUGUGGAAAGUUCCGAGCUGCCUUCCAUUCAAGAAGGAGGGAUAGAAUUUACUGAUCAACCAGCUGAAAAUGCUUCCACAGUUUUGGAAUCGAUGGAUGUUGGAAAAGUAUCAUUUCCUGAUGUAGCACCAGAUAUUGCUGUCUCAGUUGAUGAGCCCCUUUCCCUAAGUACUAACUCGAUAGGCGGUGUGAAAUCCAGUGCUGAGGAUAUAUUUUCCAAAGUCACAGAUUCCAUCAAUGAGUUAGUAAACAAGGGAGAAAGCACUCUGAGAAGCUCUUUAGAUUCAAUUUAUUCCUCGGUGGGAACUGCUAUCAAAGGAGCUAAUGAUGCAAUAGAUAAUGCUUCCACCAAAGUGUUCACUAAUGCGAAUCAGAUGGGAGAAGCAGCUGGUGAUAGAUACACAAAUAUCACAAGUGAUCUUAAAGUAGCAGCAACUAAGGCAGCUAUUGCUGGUGUUGAUGUGCUGAGACAGACAAUAGUUGUGCUGGAGGAUUCUUUGACCAAGGGUGCUUCUUUUAUUGUCUAUUCUUAUAGUUCGGCCAAGCAAUCGCUCCCUCCGGAUUUUAGAGAUAGACUUAAUUUUUCAGAAGAAAAAACAAUGGAAAUUCUGAAACCUGUUGGAGUUGCUUUUCAACAGGUUUACAUGGCAAUUGAGGAGCUGGAGAGAAGUCUUGGUUUGGACCCAAAUGAUCCAAUUGUUCCCUUUGCUCUUUUCCUUGGCACUGCUUCCACCUUUUGGGCAUUUUACUGGGCAUGGACAUACAGUGGUUAUUCUGGAGAUUUAUCUCCCAACUCAACGUUAGAGCUCUUAAUGGGAAAGGAUGGUGCUGUACUUAUUGAUGUUCGGCCUGAGGUGCUUAGAGAAACUGAUGGCAUUCCUGACCUUCGGCGUGCUGCUCGUUUUCGUUAUUCAAGUGUAUCCCCACCUGGGAUUGAUGGCUCUUUGAGGAAGCUCCUAAAAGGUGGUAGAAAUGUUGAAGACUCCUUAGCUGCAGUUGUCAUUCGGAACUUGAAGAUAGUUCAGGACAGGUCAAAGGUAAUAAUUUUGGAUGCAGAUGGCUCCCGAGCAAAAGGGAUUGCUAGAUCUUUGAGAAAACUUGGAAUUCAGAAAUCAUACUUGGUCCAAGGUGGCUUCCAAUCUUGGGUGAAACAGGGUCUCCGUAUUAAGGAGCUCAAACCUGAGACAACACUUACUGUACUCAAUGAGGAGGCUGAGGCAAUACUGGAGGAGAUCAACCCUUCUCCUUUGCAACUUUUUGCUUCUGGUGUGGGUCUUCUGGCUGCAUUGUACGCGCUUGUCGAGUGGGAGAAGACUUUACAAUUUAUUGGAGUUGUCGGCCUCGGCCAGACAAUUUAUCGGCGGCUUGCUUCUUAUGGGGGCUCAGAAGAUUUAAAGCAAGACCUGAGGUUGCUGGCUGCUCCUGUUAAAGUUGGGGCUGAAGCUUUUGCUUGGGCUGCUGGCAAAUUGGAAACGAACGGCCUUGGACUGCCAACAUCACCCUCAUCCUCAGAUGUGCAAAAUCGGGUCCUACAGGCCGCUGCGAGGCAUGAAUCUCAGCCGUCCGAUGAUCCUGAAAUCGAAAGCCUUCCUGCAGAAUCACUCUCUCCCGGCGGUGAGAGUGCCGAUCUCUCUGAAGCAUGAAGGGGUCGAUUUUCCUUGCGGAAGUAAAUUCUCUUGUGCAAAGAUUACGUAGCCUGUAAAUGGUUUGUGAAACUGGAUACAAUUGGAAGAGUGAAAAAGAGGAGAGAAUCCACACGCAAAACCCUCCAGUUUGGUUGUGGCGUUCUUGUGCAGCAAGUCAAGGGCACAGUGGUAGUUUUAC